AUGGCCUGCUCCAUAGCACUUUUCCUUACUACUUUGACCCUUCAAUCCCGACUCACCUAUGCCAUGGGAACGAAUGACCAAGUGAACGUCAAUGUCGACUAUGGAACAUUUCAAGCCCCAUCCGCAAUUGUACGACCACGAUUUCGGUAUUGGCUGCCUGACGCAUCUGUCAAUUCAAGUCAAGUAGCAAAUGAUAUCAGGGACGUGGGAAGAGUAGGUGCGGGUGGAGUUGAACUCUUGGGUUAUUAUCUCUAUGGAAAUGUUCAGAUUUUCCCCGGGAAUUUUAGCUUGCUUCAAUCAGAUUGGACGGUUAAUUACUUUGGAAGUCCUGCUUGGAAAAAUCUACAAACGGUUGUGCUACAGACAGCCCAAGAGGAAGGACUUGUGGUGGACUUGGCUCUUGGUCCAAAUCAAGGAGCAGGAGUUCCAGCUCCCUCCGAAUCCGAUGGUCUACUGUGGGAUCUAUUUUUCUUUGAGGUUUCCAUACCCAUUGGAGGAACUUUUGACGGUGUGCUUCCUGGUUGGAAUUCAGGCACCUUGGUGGCUGCUUCAACAGGUCUGGUUUUGAAUGCUACUGCAUCAACAAUCACGCUUUCUCAAACCUCCCUCAACGAUGUCACAAAAUUGGUAGAUGGCAACGGUCACGUCAGAAUAAAUUCUCCUUCCAACCAAACCGGUAUAGAGAAUCGCUUGUUCGCAUAUUAUCUGAAGCAUUCACACUAUCCAGAGGUGCAAGCACAGGAUUCUGUGAUGGCCGCUGUGCCCCAGUCACCCAUCAAAAUCUAUGAGCAAAAUGGAUCGUGGGUGGUAGACCACUUCUCGGCUCUAGGAGCACAAACCCUGAUCGACUACUGGCAAAAUCAUCUGCUGGACCCCUCGACGAUAAAUCUCAUCAAGAAAGUCGGCAACUAUGUUUGGGAAGAUAGUCAGGAAUUUUUCUUCUUAGAGAACACCUUUUGGACUCCGGGGUUGCCGGAUACCUUUUCGGCAAAUCGCGGUUACAACGUCAACAAAUAUAUCCCUCUCCUGAUAAAUACAUUGGCAAGCUCCACGCCUAGUGCUCUUUAUGUUACCGACGAGCCGGAUUCUGGAUCAAGCCAUAUUGCAGAUUAUCGUCAAACACUUACAGAGUUAAACGCAAUCUACCUUCAAACCUUGACCAACUGGGCGCAACGAACUCUAGGGAUUCAAUUCUCAGCUCAAGUUGUGUACAACUUACCAAUGGAUAUGCUAGCAAACAUCCCGUAUGUCAAUGGACCAGAAUGCGAAACAUUAGCAUUUGACGGCAGCAUAGACGCCUACAGACAAUUCGCAGGACUAGCAAAUCUUGCAGGCAAACGCAUAAUCUCGUCCGAAUCGGGCGCCGGUUUCGGCCAAACAUACCAACAAUCCAUCCCAGAUCUCCUGUCCGGUUUUAAAGGAUCGAUCGCCGGUGGUGUGAAUAAUUUUAUUGUCCAUGGCUACCCAUAUUCAGGAAAUUAUGGCAAUACUACUUGGCCGGGCUUCACGACAUUUGAUUACAUGUUUUCUGAAAUGCAUGGACCCCAUCUUCCAGGAUGGGACUUCUACUCGGACUGGUUCGGCUGGCUAUCCCGGAACCAAUGGGUUGCACAAACUGGAAUACCAAAAAUCGAUUUAGUGUUCUGGGCGAAGUCGACGGAUCAUAGACAAAUUCUGCCUAAAUACACAACAGAUGAUCUUUUAACAGCUGGCUUUUCCUACCAGUACCUCAGUCCCGAUAAUUUCGCUCUCCCAGCAGCAUAUGUCUUGGACGGAAUCUUGGCGCCUCAGCGCCAGCAAUUCAAUGCCAUGGUCGUAGGAGUUAAUGAGAUCUUAACUGGACCUGGAGUAAUUAAGCUUUCCGAAUACGCCAUUGCUGGUCUCCCCAUCAUAUUCUACGGCGGAUUACCGUCCAAGUUCCAGGGCUAUAAUCAAGAUGGCUACGCCUCUGCCAACGCAACGAUAUCCCGUCUAACAUUAUUAAGGAACGUACAUGUUACCCCUCCUGGCGUGGGACUCGCUGAUAUGCUGGCGAAGAUCAAGAUCACUCCGAGGACGGCUGUGAGUGGGAAUGGGACUUGGUAUACAACCUGGCGUUCUCACUCUAGCACUGAUUACGUGUACGUGUUUAAUGCCGGCCAAAUCUUCUCGUCUGGAUCUAUCAGCUUUGAAACAACAGGUGUACCAUAUACCUACGACACCUGGACAGGAGAAAUUACACCAGUCCUCGUUUACGAACAAUCGUCAACACACACUACAAUCCCGCUCCAACUCGCUGGUAGUCAAUCUACGGUCCUCGCUUUCAAGAAUUCUGGCGGGGAGAAUAGAGAGCUGUAUGUACAAACUGACUCCAUCCCCGCUUCAAUUCUCAAUAUCAGAUCUGGCUCAUCUUUGAAUGCACUGUCAGUACUCCUCACUUCGGCCUCAACGAGUCUAAUCAAACUUCAACUCUCAACUGGGAAAACCACAACCUUGCCACCAGUGCAAGGGCUCACACCAGCAUUCCAUCUCUCAAACUGGAGCCUCACGAUCGAAUCCUGGACCUCACCUUCUAAUCCGUUCGAUCUCAACCCUGUCGCAGCACGCUCCAAUCUCACUACCAUCUUCGGUAUCCAAACCUUGUUGCCGUGGAAUGAACUCUCCUCCUCUCUUGAAACCGUCUCCGGCCGCGGAUACUACUCGACUUCCUUUGUCUGGCCUCCUGCGACCGCGCCCCGUCUGAAUGCUCCUCAGGAAAUUGUUUUUAACCGCCCUCCAACAAAUAACCACAAUGGCGCGUUUCUUGAUCUCGGCAUGAUUGUCCACACGGCUAGAGUUAGUGUCAAUGGGCAUGUCCUCCCUGCACUCGACGUCGCCUGGGCGCGCGCAGAUAUAUCAAGCUAUUUGCAAAACGGGGUCAAUAUUGUAGAGGUUGUGGUGAGUACGCCAUUGGGGAAUGCGCUGAGAGCCAUUUGGAGUGGCGUGGAGAGCAGUGGGAAGUUUGCUCAGAGUCAGAUAGAAGCACCCGGAGUUGCGGCUUACGGGCUCGUGAGUAGUGUGGCGGUUAUUCCUUACUGGGAGGUGAGUGUGAGUGCGAGUGGGUGGGAGUUUGGAGAUAUGGGGCUGAGGGAUUGGUGUUGA